CCUGCCAGUGUUCUGCUCAGGGCUCUCGCUACACCAGCUGUGACCAUCUGACGGGACAGUGUGUGUGUGUGCCCAACGUGGCGGGGCUGAGGUGUGACAGCUGUGCAAACGGCGCCUAUGGCUUCCCCAACUGCCAAGCUGGUACCUGCCACCCUGCCGGCUCUGUUCAGUACGUGGUGCCACCUCCAGUGGGCCAGUGUGAGUGCCGGCGCCAUGUGGAGGGCCCGGCCUGCGACACAUGUAAACCUCUGUACUGGAACCUCUCCCCUGACACUUCUGAUGGAUGCACCAACUGUGAGUGUAACGUUGCCGGGACGAUCAGCGGUGUGGCAGAGUGUGCACAGGGCUCUGGUCAGUGUCACUGUAAGCCAAACGCCUGCAGUGGAACCUGCUCCACCUGUAAAGACGGAUACUACAACCUGCAGGAACAAAACUACUUUGGCUGCCAGGGUUGCCAGUGUGACAUUGGAGGUUCAGCAGGUCAGUCGUGUGGAGAGAGGAACGGACGGUGUCGCUGCAGACCCAACGUGGAGGGACCCAAGUGUAAUCUACCUCGUCCGGAUCAUUACUUCCCCGACCUCCAUCAUCUGAAGUUUGAGAUUGAGGAGGGCACCCUGCUGGACGGCAGGCCGGUGAGGUUUGGCUACAAUCCUCUGGAGUUCAGCGACUUCAGCUGGAGAGGUUACGCCCAGAUGUCGCCCAUCCAGUCCAAGGUGUUGGUUUCGGUGUCGGUCAGCUCUCCAGACCUCUUCCACGUGGUGCUGCGCUACGCCAACAGGGGGGGUGCGGAUGUUCUGGGCCGGGUGUCGGUCAUUGAGGACACUUGGAGCUACUACUGUGGUAACUGUUCAGAGCAGUCCAAACAGAUCGUCUUUGCUCCCAGUGUGGACUCCACUUUUGUAAACGUUCCCCAGAACAACUUUGUGGAGCCGUUCGUCCUGAACCCGGGAACCUGGACCGUGGUUAUAGAGGCGGAGGGAAUCCUGCUGGAUUACCUGGUGCUGCUUCCCAGUGCCUACUACGAAGCUCCCAUCCUGCAGAUCAAAGUCUCUGAGCCCUGCAGCUACAGCGCAGUGCCUGAAGCCAAUCCGAACUGCCUGCAGUACAGAUAUCUGUCUCUGGACUCCUUCCCCUCCAUCUCUGGUAACGAUGCAGGCUGCCGCAACGACAACCACCUGCCGCGCCCCUGCCCGACGGAGAGGGUGACCCCGCGCCACCCCGACAUGGCCGUCUGCAGCGGCUUCGAUAUCAGCGUUGAGCUGAGAGGUCGCCUGCCGUCUGCAGGGGAUUACGCUCUGGUCGUGGAAUAUUCCAGCGAGGAAGAGCUGCCACAAACUCUCGCCGUUGCUGUGAACAUGCCGGGAUCACGAACACACGAGCACCGCGUCAACCUGCUGCACUGCAAGUACAG